AUGGCUUCAGAACAGGGGGCUAAGAAGCGGCACCACAACCCAGUGGACAGCAUAUGCAGGAAGAUCAAGUCCAUCCAGAUGAUGGACCAAGUCUCUAACCCUACUUUGCAGAUCCCAAAGUUUCAGUCCAGGAACUUCGACAGUCCACAGUGCAACGUCAAAAAAAAUCUGGAAGAAAUCCUGAAAGGCAGGACUUUCAGAAGUCAUGACAGUGCCAGUCCAGCUUCAAUCAGUCCCGGCAAUGACGAUGUUUUCUAUUCAGACUUGUCCCCUUGUCUUGCACCUGUCUCUGACUCCUCUGAUAAAGAUGUCACCUUUACAGUCAUUAAAAGGAAUGAGAGCUCCAGCAACCCCUGGGUGCCAGGAUGUCCCAUGGAGAACCGUUCUCCAUGCUGUUUUGGAUCCCAGGAGGCCAAUACUCAGAACAGACCGUUUGCUUUAUCGAAGGCUGUAUCUAAAGAUGUGCGUCGUAAACAGACCUACCUCACAUCAACUCCAAGUUUCUAUGUCUUCAAGUCUGAUAAAAAGCCAAACAGUGCUGUGAUCCAACCUCCUGUGCCAAAGGCAUUUCCUUCGAGUGAAAGAGGAGGGAGGCAGAGACUGGAGUUCAAAGCCAACGAUGUGAGCUUGAUCUCUGAGGAAGACCUACUGACCACAAUCUUCUGGGCAUGUGACAUAGAACAUACAGGAAAAGUGGCAGUUUCCAAGAUAGUCGAUUAUUUGAGGCACACAACUAGUCGGGGAUCGGAAGAUAGUGGUCUUGAAGAGCUGUGCAAUAUGCUGGACCCAGAUCAGAAGGAUGUCUCCAUGGACCUGGAAACGUAUCGUGCGGUCAUGGGAGAGUGGAUCGAAGACCGCAAGAGAAAAUGGGAAGAUAGUGCCACUGAGGAAUCAUCAGCAAGCAUGGAAGACCUGGAAUUGCAAGCACCUAAAAUCAUCCCUGAAGCCAAAAAGACACAUGUCCAGAUGAAUGUUACAUCAGGAAGCCUGGAGGCCUUUGGGGGUGAUGUGUCUAGAGGAGAUAUGGAGACCUCUGACCUGAUAAGCUCUGUUGCUGACCUGCAGUACAAAAUCAAGAACCUUCAGGAAGAGCACAACAAGGUGAAGCUCUCAUUGGAAGCUGCGGAUGAGACCAACAACAAGCUGCUGGCAGAUAAUGAGCGUUUACAUCAACAAAUUAAAAGCAUCCAGCACUAUGUGUUGAAAGCCAAAUCACUGGAAGAAGAACUGGAAGAAGUAAGGAACAAUCUGAACCUGUCAGAAGAGAAGAGAGAGCAGGCUCUCUGGCAGAACAAACAACUAGAAAAAGAGAAUCAGUCUCUCAACAUCCAAGUUACUUCUCUCCAGGAAGAGAAUAUUAGGAGUAGCAUGGACACUGACGGACUACAAAAGAAGAUUUUGGAGCUGUCUAAAAAUGCAGCAGAACUUCAAAUCCAAGUAAAUCUCUGUGAGAGCACUGUGGUGAAUAAAGAGGCAAGCUUGAUCAAGAAGGAGCAGGACAUCCAGGAACUGAAGUUAAACAUUGUGGAGUGUUCCUCAAUAAUAGAGACAUUGAGGGCAGAAAAAAAUAAGCUACUGGAGAACAUGCAACACAUGCAGCAAGAGCUGAUCUCAAAUGGGUUGUGUUUCCCCUUGCUGUGCAAAUACAACAGUAGCAUUCCUGAAGGGAUGAAUUCGCUGCACUGUGAGCUGGAACUUGCCCAGUCUUCAGAGAUUAUCAAGACUGAACGGAUGACCCUGGAUGAAACGCUGGACCGUGAAGUGCUGCUUUUACUUCAGGGGCCUGAAUAUGGAGGAGAAAAAUUUAAGACUGUCAUGCAAAACCUGGUCAGUGGCAGAGUUUAUCAAGAGGAAGCCUCUGAAGUGCAGGAGCUUGUCAUGGCUUCAUUGCAGUGGGUAGAAGAUCCUGAUGGGGACAUGCAACAAACCUGGGAAAGAAAACUUUUGGUUCUCAAGCAAGAACUAAAAGAAAAAAUACAUAUUUGGAUCCAGAAACUUCAGCUCUUGGAAAAAUGCAAGGAGACCUUGGACAAGGAUUUUGUUCGAAUGGCAGGAAACCUGAGGAGAACCAGGACAGAACAACUCCACCUAAGGAAAGAGCUCUCUGCUAGGCAACACGAGCUAGAAACUGUCAAACAGCUACAAGAGGAAACUGCUGGCCAGGCAGAAGCCCUUGGUUUAGAGCUUCAGGAAGCUCUGAAGCAGCUCAAGGAUGCCAGCAGACAUGCGGAGGAUCAAGUUGAAGCGUUUCACUCCGCUCGUGAGGAAGCAGCAUCCUUGAAGAGCAAGUUGGAGGAAGCCAUUUCUGAGCAGCAAAGGCUCAGGGAUGUGAGUGCAGCUUUAACAAGCACUUGCCAGUUGCUUCAGGAAAAGGUGGAACACCAGAGAACAACUGCUAAUGCACUGAGAUGGGAACUGCUUCAGAGGAGACUCUGCGAGUUGGUGUGUCAGUGCUGUGCAGAGUUAGAAUCUGCCUAUGGUCUGCUGCCCACCUCAGCUGAACCUGUAAAAGGGAAGCAGCUCUAUUGCUCUAAAAGGCUGUGGAGUGAAGGACCCUCAGAUCUUUUGUCUUGCCACAGUUCCCCUCUGCUAGACGCUCUGAGCUUGGAAACCUCCUGCCCAAAUAACUCCCCCGGGCACAGCUGGGACCGGCCUUGCAGGGAGAGCUCUGGCAGCUGCAGCUUUGGAAGGGGUGACCUGGGACAUGUGUUCACGUCAGAUGUGACAUUAGAGGCCUGCAGGUGGAAAAUAUGCUCUGCUGGUGACUACACUGAUGCAGACCUUCCUGUUUCCAUUACAAUGAUGGACUCUUCACUUACUGAGCUUGACUGUGUGGAGGCAACGCUACCAGCCGGUCUGAUCCCAUCCAGCGACCACCUCACCUCAGCCCGAGACGUUCUUGCAUCCUCGGUGGAAAGCACGGCACCGGUGACGGGCUGCCUUGUCAUGGAGGAAAAAUCACCCAAGGGCUUACGUGAGGGAGAGGAUGAUGUGCCAGCUCCCGCAGCAACGGAGAAAAACAGCAAUAAGGAUCCAGCUGGUCCUGUGUCAGGACCCAUCAAGCAGGAAUUCUGCCCUGUGAUGGAGGAACACAAACCUGCACCUCAAAGUGUUUUAAAGCAAGACCUGGAGGUGGACCAGGAAAAGAAAAAUAACAAAGAGCGGGGUGAGGAAGCACCAGCUGUUGUUCCCAGUAGGAAAGGGAGUUCACCCACUGCAGGUGGCAUUAAAGGAGAUAAGACAAAGCAAAACGAGCCUGAAUCCCCUAGUGAGAAGGAAGUGGAGGCUGAAUUUCUGAGGUUGUCUUUAGGUUUUAAAUGUGACUUGUUUACCUUGGACAAGAGGGUGAAGCUCGAAGAAAGGUCUCGAGACUUGGCUGAAGAAAACUUGAAAAAGGAGAUCACAAAUGCUGUAAAGAUGUUGGAGGCUUUAGUUCCUUUGUGUGAAGAAGACAACCAAGCACAGGAGAUCAUUAAGAAGCUGCAGAAAAGCUUGCAGUUCCUCAGCCAGUAUGCAGCCCGAGUGGCCAGCAGAGCAGAGAUGUUGGGAGCUAUUAAUCAGGAGAGCCGGGUCAGCAAGGCCGUGGAAGUGAUGAUCCAACACGUGGAAAACCUGAAGCGCAUGUAUGCGAAAGAGCACGCGGAACUUGAGGAGCUGAAACAGGUCCUGCUCCAGAACGAGAGAUCCUUCAGUUCCCUGGGAGACAGAGAUGAAUCUACAAAUAAAAAGCUACCAAGUCCUUUUAACUUUAAGCCAUCAUCAGCCCUGCGGAGAGUUAGCAUUGCAACAGUGCCCAGGAGUGCUGGGAAUGCAGGGAUUGGGUUGCCACUGGCCCAACUCCACGACCCCGACGGAGACGAACGGAGUGAGAGGUUCAACAGGAGAUCAAGCAGUUGGGGGAAACUAGGGGUGAAGCAAAAUGAGAAGCGUCCUUCGCUGCAGCGAUUCCUCAGCACCUAUUCCUGGGCAGAGUACGAAGAGGAGCACUUUGCACCAAAAAAUGAGCAGUCAGAGUCCCCUGCUGAAGUACAGGAACAACCCACCAGGAAGGAAAGUGUCUCUGAGAAAGGAAAAUAUUCAUCAAAAUGGACCCUGGAGUCAGUGUACAACUUGAUGUCAUCAUGGGCGUCCGACUUCAAGGCUUCCUUUUCCAAUGCCAACAAAACCCUCUGGGUCUCUGUCUCCAUCCUGGUGCUCCUGGCUGCACUCACGAGCUUCCUCACAGGGCUGUCCCUUCACAGACCAGCAGAUGCAGCACCUGUAGGAACUGGGGACUCCUGGACAUCACUACAGCAGCUGCUGUGGCCCUACAUAAGACUCCGACACAACGGGCCUCCCCCAGUAUAACCAAGGUUCUGACUUCUGUAGUUGUACUUCCAAGUACUUUCCAAGAAGCUGAGAUAGUUUAUUUAAGGUUUCAUGUUUGGAUUUGUUUUGUUGGGUUGUGGGUAUUUUUUGGGAGAUUUUUUUUUCUUUCUCUAAAGCAUGACUUGAAAUGAAAGUGUGUGUGUAUAUAUAUAUAUUUUUCACCCUAUUCUGACAAAAGUCAUCUUUACAAGUAGCUGAAAGGGUCUCUGUUCAAGCAAAAUAAGUUUGUUAUUCUCUUGUGGCUAGGACCACUUAGUUGUUUUUAUUGUUAGCUACUUUCAAAUUGUAAACCUGAACAGAACUAAGAGAAAAUUGUUUGCAUUUUAGUCAUUGGAGCUGUUUCAAUGAGUUGAAUAGAACAGGGUUCUAGACUUGAAAUGUAACUUUAUUGAGAACUUUUGAUAAUAAAGUUUUGAAGGAAAA